CCACAUUAAUAUUAAUAAAUGAAUCAUCUUUCAUUGAAAUUAACGCAAUGCUAGGAAAAUUUCUUUGAAAACAUUAGCCAUCGAUAGACCGAUAGAUCCAUCAGCUGUUUGACGCUUGUGCAACAGAAAUAUUAACGUGCUGCAUAAUUUUCUCCAGAAAUAAACUAAAACACUCGAAGCAGCCCCGCAAAAUGCACCUGACAUUGAUAAACUUCUUUAAGAAAACUGUGCCUGGACAUAUAUUCCGCGGGAAGCGCCGUCUGGUAAAGCCGGUCAGCAAGCGGGCCAUGGACACGCUCACCCAGGAAUACGAGCGACAGGAGCACAUCAUGUUCCUGCUGCGGCAUCCCUACCUGACGCUGGAGCAAUCAUCUGGCCAUGCCAAGGAACUGCAGAAACGCGAUAAGCUGGUGGCCAAGUGGACGGAUGAGCAGACGAUGCGCAAGAUGAAGCCGCAUGUGACCAUCGAGGAGCGUCUGAAUCACCUGAAGGUCAAGGAGACCUGGGACUAGCUUAAGACCGACAUGUUCCACCCUCAAGAUGCAUUAAAUUAAUUAUAAAGUAAAUAUAGAUUAUGUAUAUGGAAA